AUGAGUUUCCAUUACGGAGUGCCGCCGUCGCACUACACGAAAUAUUACGGGAGCAACACGUCACCAUACAGCAGCGGCGAGUAUGUUCAUUACGCGCCGCAGUACGAUACGCCCAAGAAGCACGCACGCAAAACCAGCUACGCGCCGAGUCCUAGAGUCGGAGGCUGGUAUUCGCCUGCCGGCUCACCACCACCGUACUAUGACACCAAUGUCCAGUAUGUCCCGCGGGAGGAGAUAUAUGUGAGUGAGGCAAGGGGCAAGACCCGCAAGCAAGAGAGCUACAGCACCUUUCCAAGCUCAAGAUAUCAUACCCGUUCAUCAUCGCGCAAGCAGAACCAACCCGUCUACAUCUACGACGAAGAUGCUGAAUAUGCAGGAGCGCAGCCAGCCUAUGUCUACCGCGAACCAAAGACAAAACCAAAUCAUGCGAGGAAGCCAAGCACUGACACCUACUUUUACUAUGGGCAGGAGCAGAUAAUUGAAGAGCAGCCGAAGCGUUCCAGGGCUCGACGCGCAUCCACCGCCAGCAAACCAUCGCCCAGGCCGAAGUCGCGGCCUGCAGCGCAGGCGACCGAGCAGGACGCAAUACGUGCAGGCAUCCCAGCAGGCUACUCUAUCAAACAUUGGGAUCCCACGGAGUUGCCGAUCAUCUUACUCGGCAGUGUCUUCGACGCAAACUCGCUGGGCAAGUGGAUCUAUGACUGGACUGUCUUCCACCAUGGUGCUUCAACUCCCAUCGCUGAUAUCGCCGGCGAGCUCUGGCUUCUCCUCAUCAAGUUGGCGGGUAAGAUGAAGCGAGCUGAGGAGUGCGUUGACCGCAUCCGCAACGUCGAGAAACAGGAAACAGUCGAGGACUUCAUCGUCAGUGGCAAACGCCUCUGGGAGAAGUUCAAGGCCCUUCUCAAGGAAUGCGAGCACUACAUGCUCAAGGCUGCCAAACGCGAUGGCACCAAGACCAUGGGCAAGAAAGCAGGCACCGAGUUUGUCGACUCGAUCUUUGGCCGCGAUCGCCACCUCGAGCACACUGAGAAGAUCAUGAACCAGAUUCGUCUGUGGAACAUGCGCUUCGACGUGAACUGCGAAGAGACCCUGCGCAGACCUUCCGUUGCCUAG